AUUGAAACUGGAUGCGUGCCCCAGAAUAACGGCACAGUAUGCAGCAGCAAUGCAUCGCCACGUCAGGAUCCAAAACUGCCCGUCUAUAUUCUGCGCCAAGAAGUGUCACUUGCUUACGUUUUUGUCGUACUACCCAUGCAGCACCCCACUCAUCAUUUAACGAUGUGUGAGUGGAACAUGGCACAGCGCCUCGACCUCCGUGGAUCAAGCUUCCCCUCCCUGGCUUCCCCGCAGCCAAAGCAGGCGAUGGAAACAAUUCCUGUGUUUAAGUAACAGUAGUUAUAAAUAUUACCCUCAAAAGGGGUGUUCCAAGGAGCAAUAUCUCAGGCAUAGUUACCUACUUAUACAUAUAAAACAAUCAAGAUGUCGGAAGCAAAGAGACUCUCCACUCUCGAUACAUCUACCAUGGAUCGCCUGCCGGCAUACAGCCCGAUACUUUUCGAUGCUAAGACAGCCAAGGGACUCAGUUUCACGGAUAUCGCCUCGCAUAUCGGACGCAACGAAGUUGCCUGCGCGGCACUCUUCUACGGGCAGGCGCAGGCGACAGCAGAGGACGUUUCCAAGCUGUCAAGCCUGCUGAAUGUCCCGCGCGACGUCCUCGCGUCUCAGAUGAUGGGUUUCCCUGACCGAGGCCGCUCAGGACCUAUGCCCCCUGUUGAACCGCUUAUCUAUAGGCUGUACGAGAUUGUACAGAAUUAUGGCUAUUCUUUUAAGGCGGUGCUUAACGAAAAGUUCGGCGAUGGUAUUAUGAGCGCAAUCAACUUCACCGCCAAGGUCGAGAAGGAGGUCGAUGAGAGAGGCGACAUGUACGCUGUUAUAGUAUUGCGCGGGAAAUGGCUUCCAUAUUCUCGAUUCUAGAGAAUUAUAAAUGGGACAGACCCUAUGCUGUAUUUAUCCAGUACUUAUCAAGGUUCAGUCACUCAUUCAAAGUAAGAUCGGAAUGGGCGAAAAAAAAGAGAAUUUCAAACGCCGCCCAGGCUUUGUGCUUAAUGGCAAAGUGGACCCACACCUCCCUGUUGUGCAAAUUGACCUCUAAAAGCAGCACCCCGGAUUCUGAAAACUGCUCCCAGCACAUCCAGAUAUAGAGGUCGCUUUGCGGCGAACCUGCACUUUUGUUGUAAAGCAGCUGUCACAAGUCGCCGCGCAUGGUUCCGCAUUCACCAGCGAAGCUGUUCCUCCUGCCCUUUGCUGCAGACCUGGUAAGAAACAUACGAAUCGGCGUCCGCUGCUCGUAACUAUUCGGACCCCUAUUCUGGCGAGAUUUGCUCUAGGAACUCGGCUUCUAGCCUCAAAAACAAGGACUUACAUUGCAAUAGAAGGGAUUAUGAAUGAGUUUGUAGUACACAUAUGAGAAGAACAAAGGUACUAGUAUCGAAAAACAUGUCAUUUUAUAGAACUAAGUAUAUUGCACCCAUGGAAAAUGGAAGGGCUUAGCAGAGUACUCGGUCA